AUGGAGGCUCUGAUGGAGCUGGUGGAUCAAGAAGAAAUACCAGGAGGUUUGGAGACCACUGAGAUCCCUAAGGACAAAGAUAGAUGGCAAGCUGUGGAAUCUCAGGGGUUAACUGGUGGUAUUUUUCUACUUUGGGCCAGGGAAGUAAAGAGCCAAUUAUGCUUUGGAGUAGAAGUGGAAGAGCAAGGUGGGUCAGGGACCUACUGGUAUAAAUUUGUUUAUGCUAGCUCUAUUAGGAGAUCUAAUCAUAAGAAGAUGUGGUUUGCCUUUGAUAGAAGACGGUUAAAGAAGGAAGGAGUUCAGAAGACAGUCAAGAGAUAUUGGGAGCUUCCUAAGACUGGAACACCUAUAUUCUAG